CGCCCAACGAUGGAUAUACUGCCGAGUGGAAGCAUUUUCCGGGAGCUGCAGAUCAUCCACGAGACGGGAUGCUUCUCGUCCGAGUCGUCCUUCGAGGAUCAAUGGCAACAGACCUGCUAUGAGAUGGAACGAUACCUGAAGGAUGAACCAAAGCUACAGAAAUACAAAAAACUACCAAGCGACACACCCUGGGACCUGUUUGCAGCGCCCGGGCCACUAACUGGCUCGUGGAAGGUGGAGGUAGAACCGUACUGUUUCGACGAGCUCAACCUAAACGAUCGUGCAUCCGAUUCCCGGUCCGAAUCAUCGUCCUCGUCAUCUUCCUCCUCCUCCUCCUCCUCCGAUGGUUUAUUGCCACCUUCGUCUGCUGGCAAUCCCUGGCAGAGUGGAGCCACCAGUCUGCUCAGCUGUGCGGUUAUGGUGAAGAAAGAACCGAUCGACGAUCUAGACGAAGAUCCCGAAUACGACAGUCAAGAUGAACCGAGCGAGAAGUACAGUAGUGCGGCGAACCGAGUCAAUCCCACCACGGAACUAGCGAAUCGAGGUAGCAGUAGUAAUCACCAUCACCACCAUCAUAGCAGUCACCACAACAGUCUUCAUCACCAUCAUCAUCACCAUCGUCAGGCGAGCGGGAUUGAGCUGCGGCUUGUAGCACGAACAACAAGCAACGAUCUGCUACCGACACUAACGCCACCAUCAUCGCCCGAGUCACAUCUCAGCAAGGACAACUCGAACACCUCCACCACCGGCAACAGUGGUAGCACCAUCACGACGAGCACCACCAACACCUCCAACAAUGGCAACAGUUUAGCAACCUCGACCACGCUCACCACGAUCAAGAAGGAACCUGGGUCCGAGAUUGCACUGCUCGAUCGUCAGGGUGGCCAGAUAUUGCGCGUUUCGGCCGGUCCGCACGUGGUACGGUUGACGACCGGGGUGGCCGGAGCGAAUGGGAAGAAUGUUGUGACGGGAGUCUCGCGUGUGAUACAGGUCAGUCCUCAGCUGCAUGCCGCCAUUGCGCAGCGUAACUCAUCCGCCUCACCAAAUGCGUCAGCACAAACACCGAGCUCGAAACAUCACCACCGGCAACAGGAUCACAGUCCGGAUGCGAAACGAAGGAUACAUAAGUGUCAAUUUCUUGGCUGCAAAAAGGUCUACACGAAAAGCUCCCAUCUGAAGGCGCACCAGCGAACGCAUACAGGAGAAAAGCCGUACAAGUGUUCCUGGGAGGGUUGCGAGUGGCGUUUCGCCCGAAGCGACGAGCUAACGCGCCACUAUCGAAAGCACACCGGCGCAAAACCGUUCAAGUGCCGACACUGCGAUCGAUGCUUUUCGCGCUCGGAUCAUCUUGCGUUGCACAUGAAACGGCACGCCUAAGCAGCACAGUCUCUCAUUGCGCAGAGCACCACGAGCAGAGCU